AGCUUCUCAGCAGCCUCAAAGAUCAAGUGAUUGGUGAAUAUGAAGAUUUAAGAACAGAAAAUAAGAAAACAAAAGAAGAGUGCGACAAAAUCAAACAGGAGAGAGAUGAAGCAGUCAAAAAACUGGAAAAGUUUCAAAAAAUUUCUCACAUGGUCAUUGAGGAAGUCAGUUGCAUACAGAACCACCUUGAAAUUGAGAAGACAUGUCGUGAAAGUGCAGAAGCUCUGGCUACAAAGUUGAACAAAGAAAACAAGACUCUGAAAAGAAUCAGUAUGUUAUAUAUGGCAAAACUGGGGCCAGAUAUUAUUACUGAAGAAAUCAACAUCGAUGAUGAAGAGUCAUCCACAGAUAUAGAAGGCAGUCCUGUUGCAUGUGACUCAGUGCAGUGCCAGCAGCUAAUAAAAGAUCUGCGAGAUCAAAUUAUAUCUCUUCAGGAGGAAAAGAAAAACAUAGUUAUCGAACUGGAAAACCUGAGACGCAAAUGUGCAGAAGACACUGUAGAAGUAAAUCAUAUAAAGGAAGAAAAUGCAGCUCUGAAAGCUGAAGUUCAUGAACAGCAGAAAGUGUUGGAAAAAUGCAAUCGAGUGUCUGUACUGGCAGUAGAAGAAUAUGAAGAACUACAAGUAAACUUUGAACUGGAGAAAAAUCUGCGGAAGAGAGCCGAAUCCUUUGCACAAGAGAUGUUUAUUGAACAAAAUAAGUUGAAAAGGCAAAGCCAGCUUCUGCUGCAAAGCUCAGACCCUGAUGAACAACUUCUAAAAGCUCUGGAUGAAAAUGCAAAACUAAAUGUAAUGUUAGAGGAAGAGAGGUCACAACACAGGCAAAAGGUAAGAGUUUGGGAAUACUGACAUUUAUAAAAUGAAGGCUUGCACAAGGAAAUCAAAUCCCUUAAACAACAGCUAGAACUUCUAGAAGAAGAUAAAAAGGAACUGGAGGAAAAAUAUCAGAAUGCAGAAGAAAAAGUUAAAAAUCUAAAACAUUCAGUUGAUGAACUUCAAAAAAGGAUACACCAGUCAGAAAAUCUAAUUCCACCCCCUCCUCCUCCACUGCCACCUCCAGUUCCUCCUCCAAAUCCAAUAAAGUCCCUCAUGUCAAUGAUUCGUAAGAAGUCUCACCCAAACAGCAGCACAACCAAGAAAGAAAAGGCACCUCUACAAGAAUCAGAAGUAACCGACCUGAAGAGACAAGCAGUGGAAGAAAUGAUGGAUAGAAUUAAAAAGGGGGUUCACCUUAGACCUGUUAAUCAGGCCAGCCGUUCUAAGAGAAAGCCAGAAGUCCCCAAGGCCUCAGAGAAUGCAAUGAAAGAGCUGAAGGGAAUUCUGGAAACACUGAAUACAUCUGCAAGUUCAAGAAGCCUGAAAUCCCUUGACACGGACAGCAAUGAAACAGAAUUAGAAAGAAUCUUGCGGCUUAGAAAAGUGACGACUGAGCAAGAUAGCAGCAGUCCAACUGGAAUCUUGGCUACUUGUGAAUCCAAAUCUAUGCCAGUGUUGGGUUCUGUUGGAGCACAGUCUGCAUCGAACAAGGAAAUUCUGGAGACAGAAUUCAGACGCAAAUCUUCAGAGUCAGAUGAUCAAUGUCAUAAAAUGGUUGAAGGCGCAGGUACCACAGAUACUACUCGGUUACCAAGCAAUGUGGGGCUUUCAAAUAAAGUUGCUGAUAUGGAAAAGCAAGCAGAAUCCAUUGUGGUACUGAAUCCUGAGAAAGCAAAAGAGCAGAUGCCAGAAGAUCUGAGUCAAGGCAAGACGAUAAAAGAAAAAGGUCAACAGUUUUGUAAAGAUGCUAGUGUUCAGAAAGCAAAAGAGACAGACAGCUCUCACUGCUGA